CAUCCGUACACAUACCCACAUAACAAGCACGCACGCACAGGAAGCCCGCACCCUGGCUCCCGCUCCGCCGCUCCGUGCACGGGGGGGAAGAUGAGUUCGGGGGACGUGGUUUGCACUGGAUGGCUCAUCAAAUCACCCCCCGAGAAGAAACUCAAGAGAUACGCCUGGCGGAAGCGCUGGUUCGUGCUGCGCAGGGGCCGCAUGAGUGGGAACCCGGACGUGCUGGAAUACUACAGGAAUAACCACUCCAAAAAGCCCAUCCGCAUCAUAGACCUCAAUGAAUGUGAAGUGCUGAAGCACUCAGGACCUAAUUUCAUCAAGAAGGAAUUUCAGAACAACUUUGUGUUCAUUGUGAGAACCACCUACCGCACCUUCUACCUGGUAGCCAAGACUGAGGAGGAGAUGCAGAUCUGGGUGCACAAUAUCAGCCAGAUCUGUAACUUUGGACAUCUAGAAGAUGGCAGAGGUUCUGUGGAGAGCCUGUCUCACACGACCUCAUCCCCUCAGCCCUCACCGGCUGCCUCCACCCACGCCUCCCACAUCGCUGACCCUUCCUUCUCAGUCAACCACACUGCUGAUGCUGCCACAGAGGAGACCCCCAGCGAGUCCGAGUCAGUCUUCCUCCCUGACUACCUCUUCCUAUCCAACUGUGAGUCGGGCAAGCUCAACCACAACAGGUGUGACAGCUGGUCAAAUUCAGACAGAUCUCUGGAGCAAACAUCAUCAGAUGAGGUUUUUGUUGACUCAUUGCAAUCCCAGCCCUCCUUGUACCUUGUACAGCCAACCAGUGCUGGCACUGUGCACCAGGUUGGAGCCCCAGUGGCAAAUCCCAGCAUUGUCUCCAGGAACAUAGACAUUGGUAGGCCAUCCAGUGACUUUUCCUCCUCUUCUCCACUGCUGGGGACACCGCUAACACCAACGUUUCAGAUUGACAAGAGCCAAAACUCACUGCCCUAUGGUGUAACGCAGCUGGAUGUGCUGUCCAACACUCCCCCACCACGGCCGCCCAAGCCAACCCACUUUUCAGACAGGAGAGGAGAUGACAUGGCCCUCCAGAAUGGGCAUGCAGGGAUCUACCAGGCUCAGGUUGCUCUGGUUCCCAGAAGGAUCUCCUUGUCCAGCUUGGACAACGUGAGGAACUGGAAAGCAGACAUGGAAGGCAGUUCCCUAAGAAGUCGAGACAAGAGGCUUAGCUUGAAUUUGCCAUGCAGAUUCUCGCCGCUGUACUCGACGGCUGCGGACAGCACGGAGGACAGCUACGUGCCCAUGCGCCCCAGCACCUCUCCCUCUGUGCCUGGCUCCGACUGUUCUCCUGAUGGCUACAUCCCCAUGAGCCCUGGCUCGGCCACCUUCACCUUCCCUGUCAUCAGCACUGAAAAGCUCACCAGCCCGUUGCCUGAACUUCCCUCCGACGUGGAGCCCCCCCCAGUGAACCGAGACCUCAAGCCUCGUAGGAAGUCACGACCACCUCCUCUGGACUUGAGGAACCUCUCCACAAUCCGGGAGCAUGCUGCCGUGACCAGGAUGUGGACUGUGCCUUACAAUCGAAUGAGCUUUAUCUCACCAGAAAGAGACGUUAUUAAUUCAGCAAGAAUAUUUGCCAAUUCAGUUUCCGGAGAAGAGGAAGAAAGUUACAUUCAUAUGGAACACAGACAGGCCACCUCUCCAUACAGUGGUGUCUUUCCAUGGACAAGGAAAUCUAACCUUGAUUACUUGGCACUGGAUUUCAAUUCUGCUUCCCCAUCCCCUGUGCAGAAGGAGAGUCUCCCUGACGCCUGUGGCUGACCUGUCCUCUCUGCAGUUUUAUUGGGUCUAUAGUUAAAAUGAUGAGUGUAAGGGCAGGGAAUGGCUCUCCUGGUCCUGACCAAGGAUUCUCCAAGCUGCAAUCUCUGAUGUUUCCAAAACAGCUCCAGCACCUGCAUCACACCUUGCCUUAUCACCCCCCACAAACAGGCCCCUGGAACGAAUGCCAAGGUGAUGGAAACAAUGGAUGAAUACACUGGUCAUCUGUCAAUCCAAACCCUCUGAAAUGUUUGGAGAAGGGCUAACCAUGCCAUUUCCUCAAGUGACAAUUACACUUCCAUAAGUGUGUGCUAAUGCCAGCAGUGACUGUCUGUAUCAGAACUGCUCAGUGUACACACACACACACACACAGAAACAGAGGUACGGUUCUGGAAAAUAAGCAAGGUUUGUCCUGGGACUGUCCCAAAGCCAAAACUGAGCCCUCCCCCCAUAAACCAUGACUAAUCUUCCAAGCCUGAGCCUUGAUCCUGAAUUUGUAUGAGAUACCAUAUUCAGUUCCUGCUUUUGAAAACCCUUCUCAUAAAUCUACAAAGGAAGUAACAGAUCAAACCAGGACAGGCUGGAGUAAUUAUAUUACACCAAUUGCAUCAUAUUGUAGUAUCUAUUCUGUUUUCCCUUAAAAAAAAAAAGAAUUUUAAUGUUAAACAGAGAAGUCCGGCAAAGGAGACUUCCAUGAACCUUGGUCAAUUGCUCAGUAGACGGAACCAGAACAGCUUCUUCACCAAAAAGAAACUCUUUCACAGAGAACUAUUUCAGAAACAAAUCAAAAAUCGUCUCAAAUAUGUUGUCAUUGACAGCCAUACACCUGCAAACAAUACAAGGAGCCUAAGGGCAGAAGCAGCAACCAGCUGCUGCAAUGGGAGCCACGAGAGUUCUGCCUUUCUGCCUCCCAGCAGUUUUUGCAACAGUGACUUAACUCCAGAUUGGUUUUCCUUCCCUGUGGUUACUGCACUAAAAAAGAGAGAAAGAAAGGACAGCAGCACACAUGAACCUCUUUAGGGAAAAAAGGCCAACUUCAUUGAAUGGACAGCCUGUAUUUAAAGCAUAUUACAUAGAGCUAGGACAGGACAGUAGCUCAUUGGACAAUUGGGAAAAACAUCCAUGGGACCGUACCUCAGGGUGUGUCCCACGGGAAAAACACCAGGUGUUAAUCUUUAUUAUGAAUUCCAUUCUGUUUUUCACCAUAUUAUCACCUUGGGAGA